AUGGACAAUCAUAGUAUUUCGAGGCCUGCACUUGGCUAUGUCACUUCCAUAGGUACACUGUAUGACGCCAGGCGCGACAGCUUCCUGACCCAGUCACUUCUAAAUGGCGGGGCUCCUUCUGGAGAUGUGUCCCGGCAGGAAAAGAAAAACUUCGAUGUUAGGAUAAGUUACGGGGAAUCUUAUGCUGAGAAUUUAAAGGGAAUGGAAAUUGGUCCUGACCUUGCCGCAAGCUUGUUGUCAGGACUUCUUCAGCCUGAUGGAAUCGGACGCUAUCUUGUCCAGAAGAUAGAUAGCGGUCGCAAGUUACAAGCCUUGAUCUACCACACACUCACAACCACGCAAGACAAACUGGAGUUAAGGAAUCCCGAUGUUAGACAAUGCAUCUCGCCGACUCCUCUUCGGAUUAGUGUGGCCACUCAUGUAGUCACCGAGAUUGAAUAUGGAGCACAAACUGUCGUGAUGGCCGAACGUUGGCUAAGGCCCGACGCUAAAAAGGAGCGAGAGAGACCUCAAUUUCAACAACAAGUAGAUGCUUUUGUGACAGCCACUCAAACGCCAGGUCUUCCCAAGCUCUACAUGUCGGGUGAUGAAUUUGACCGAAUUACGGCAUACAGUACUACUUUGGGCAACGAUGACAUUGUCCUCAACGAUACCCAAGAGGCACACAGAUUCCUCGAGAUGGUGGUACCAUUUCAUAUCAGAAGCGAGAAUGCUGGUCAUGGAAAGCCGAUUUUAUAUAGACUUCUACCGAUUGAGAUGCUUGAAUGGCUGCAACUGGUUCAGGUUGAACGUGACAUAAUGCAAGCGUCCCCGGGGCACGAAUGCAUAAAGAAGUUCAUCCGGCUCUGUGAUGAGUUUUGUACCAUUGAGCGGCCUCUCUUGGAUCACCAAGCUUUUGCUUUUAAGUACAAAUUCUGUCUUCCAGCGAAUCAUUCAGACCAGGUAGCAGAACGGAUACACGAUAUGAAAGCUGCUGAGAGAGACCUGAGAGGCCAAUUUGGUCGUUUACUGCAGGAUGUACGAGGCGGUAUGAGGGACCCAGAGGUGCUCACACAGCUCAUCAACGAGUUUGGUCAGGGGCCUCGGUCACCCAAGGCAAUAUCGACCUUCUCAAAUGAUCACCAAGGGAAAGUGGCAUUCAUUGAUUCAAUGCUGAAUCAAGGUGCCACAUAUAUUGGAUAUAACAGGAUCGACUUGAAUGCUCAGCUCGCUCAACGUGGUAAUGUCGACUCUUAUGUGUUCUACUUCAGUGAGUCAGCCAAGCAGGACGAAGAGACUUGGAAUGCCAACCAAGCAUUGAUGACCAGUCUGCUUUCAGACCGCAAGAGGAACGCGUUCUAUGCUAUUGUGGACUGUGAUGCCACGAGGAUGUCUUUGAAAAGACCCUUCAUUAGACAUUUUCAGAACGGCAAAGAAGUGAUCCAAGAUCUUUACGAAGAACAAAAGUACCUGUCUGAGCACUGUUUUGCGAGGUAUCAACCAAAGACUCUUGAGACGCAUGUCCAACGACCGACAAAGAGAUGUCUUGUCAAGAUCCCCUGUCCUGGAGGUAGUUGCAGCGCAGGAAAUAUCUGUGACUGGCGAUGCUCAAAUUGCGAUGCUCCCUUGGAAUAUGGCUACUCAGAUCAGUACAUUUACUGCGAUUGUGGUCGAAGUUUGUACAAAAACUUUGAUUUCCAGUGUAACAACUGUACUCAUGGACAAGGCUUUGACCGGUAUAACGACACCAACUUACUCAACUUCUUGAAAAGCUUGGAUCAAUCCGACUACCUGAACAUCUUGAUUCUGGGUGAAACCGGUGUUGGCAAGUCAACCUUCAUCAACGCGUUUGUCAAUUACCUCUACUUUAGUACCCUUGAUGAAGCAUUGAACACAGAAGGACUUCAGUGGGUGAUUCCCUGCUCCUUUGCGAUCCAGACCAUGGAUCGCUCCAACAUCAACAGCGAGAUAAAAGAGACGAGAAUUAAGGUUGGCGACCGAAAAGACGAAAAAGACGGGAGUACGGGCGAAUCGGCGACGCAACAGACCCAAGUCUAUCCUAUAACGAUCGGAGCAGUCACUUAUAGACUAAUUGACACUCCCGGGAUCGGAGAUACUCGUGGUCUAGAGUACGAUAAGAGCAACAUGGCUGACAUCCUGGCAACCGUCAGUGGCUACGACCAUUUGCAUGGAAUAUUAAUUUUGCUCAAGUCGAACAAUGCUCGAAUGACUGCACAUUUCAGCUUCUGUGUCAAGGAACUGUUGACACACUUGCAUCGCGAUGCCACACACAAUGUCGUCUUCGGCUUCACCAACACACGCAUCUCGAACUACAUGCCGGGUGAUACAUUUGGGUCACUGAAGACGUUAUUGAGCGAGCGCUCAGAUAUCGGACUGUCUCUGUCGGCCAAGAGCACAUACUGCUUUGACUCUGAAAGCUUUCGCUAUCUUGCGGCAUUCAAAAACAACGUUCAAAUGGACAACAAAUCGGACUUCGACAGUAGUUGGACAAAAUCAAGGGAUGAAGCCUCACGUAUGCUGGAGUAUUUUAGGUCGAGGGAGCCUCAUCCCAUCAAAAGCACGAUCAGUUUGAAUGGCACACGCAAUUUAGUUUUAGAACUGACGAAACCCAUGGCGGAAAUCUCUCAAACUAUCAAGACCAACAUAGCCGCAAUGGUGGAUGAUGUCAGACAAUUGCUGGAUGCAAGACUCACGGGUGACAAGUUGUUGGCAAAGCUAGAACCCGAAAUGACGCUGUUGAGGAAGAAGCCCACGACGAUGCCUCGUACUGUCUGCAAAGAGCCCGGUUGCGUGGAGUUCAAGGACGACGGUACCGGUCAGGGCACCCUAGUUGCAGACUACCCAAACCCAUGUCACCCAGUGUGCUACAUCGAUAAUGUCCCACAAGACGUUCAAGCACACCCGAGUUUGUUCAAGUGUGCAGCAUUCUCAGGUAGUGAAAUCUGUCUCCAGUGCAAGCACCAUUGGACAUCCCAUCUUCAUAUUCUAUACGAGCUUGAGACUUACAAGAAGAGGAUGAAGGAUGCUACCAUCGCACUGAAGAUAAAACAGCAUGAAAGUGAGAUUGUAUUGAAAGAGACUGCAAUUGCCGAUCGCAAAGUCAGAAUGGCCGAGUACGAGAAAGAACACGAGCAGAUCCAGGAAGCUGCAGCCAAGUUCGGCCUCUGGAUGAAGGCGAAUUCCAUCCUCCCCUACAACGAUGCUACUUUGGCUUACCUCGAUGUCCUCAUCAAAGCUGAACAAGCGAAGAUCGAUGCCGGCGGCCUUGCCAACAAAAAGGUCUUAGCCGCUCUGGAGGAGGACAAGAGAAAAUAUCAAGAAUUCGUGGCUGUUCUGACUAAAAGCAUGAAAGAUUCUGGCAGGACCCAACCGAUAGACCAGAAAGAGAUCGAGAGCAUCGUCAAGAGUCUGUAUAAUCUGAAGCACUUCGGCAAGAACCUCGAACAGCUCAAGAUUGAUAUCACCAACGCCCAUGAGAUGACGAACCGGGAAUUACCCCAUCGUGUCAACAACAGGUACAUGGGAAGAAGCAACAACCCCUUUAUAUUCCUCAAAACCGGGAGUGGCCAAGGACAGACGAUAGUGUAUACUGCAUCCGGCGGCUCUCAAUACCCCAACGGUCACCCACAGUUGCAGCGGAUGCCCACACCUCCAUCUGUACACCCACAGACUCAGCACUUGGUGCGUCCUGGAUUUUCAUCUGGAACAAUGCGCACAGAUCCGAGUUGGUCUCCCACGCCGAGCAACAUGCCUGGAUCUUUCUCUGCGGAGCUGCCAAACGGAGGCCCUCCAGGAGGAUAUCUCGGUUGGGAGAAGAGAUUGCUAAAGAAGACAAGGUCGUCGUCCAAAUGGUCGUCGUUCAAUCCAUUUGGUUCAAGGUAG